UUGUAUCAUUUCAUUUUUUUUUUAAAUAAACAUCUGACCACAACUAGCUAGACGCUGACAAAUUAGCUUUGUUUUCAAUAGCAUUGUUGCGUUCAAUGACAUUCACGGAAUAGUAGGUAGAGAGACUUUAAAGUGGCGAGGCUGGCAGAAAAUUCCACUGCCCAACAUGAAACGUGGAUCUGGCUCAACAUGCAUAAUGGCAUGAAGAGUGGCAAAUCAUCCGCUUGAUUUUGUUUAUAUCCCGCUUCAUGUGUUCGUCAGAGGUAAUCGCUACGUCAAGUUGUCAUUUUGUGCGGAGUGCUCUUGAACGCAGCACGCCAAAAAUGCGCUAGCCCUGUGUGUUUCCUCGUCGGUCGCAGGACCGCCGUCCAAAUUCAACAUGCGAGGAAUGGCCGAGUGGGUUCCACCUGCCAAGGAGCAAAGCUCCUGGUUAUUAAGUUGGCUUCCGUCGUGGUGCCCCACUUCCCUCUCUCAGCUUCAAGAUGCGGAGGAGAAAAUGCUGAAAACUGUAAAGCAGCCUUUCUCCAAACAACACAUCCGGAUCUCCGACGGAAACUACCUGUGGACCAUCGCGUUCCAGGCCUCGUCCCCCGCCCGCCCGAGGCCCCCUCUGGUCCUGCUGCACGGCUUCGGCGGCGGCGUGGCUCUGUGGACGCAAAAUCUGGACUCUCUCUCCAGCGGCGGCCCGGUUUACGCCCUGGACCUGUUGGGCUUCGGCCGCAGCAGCCGCCCGCUGUUCAGCAGCGAGCCCGAGGGAGCCGAGGGGCAGUUUGUGGAGGCCCUGGAGGAGUGGAGGGAGAAGGUGGGCCUGGAGGAGAUGCUGCUGCUGGGGCACAACCUGGGAGGAUACUUGGCGGCCGCCUACACCCUCCGAUACCCUCACAGGGUGAAACAUUUGCUGCUGGUGGAGCCGUGGGGGUUCCCCGCCCGGCCCGAGAACCCUCACCACAGCUCCAUCCCGGUGUGGAUCAGAGCCAUGGGGGCCGUCAUGAGCCCCUUCAACCCGCUGGCUGGCCUCAGACUGGCGGGGCCUUUAGGCCCGACGCUGGUCCAAACGAUCAGGUCCGACUUCAAGCAGAAGUACGCCUCGGUGUUCGACGACAACACCGUGUCCAACUACAUCUACCACUUGAACGCGCAGACUCCGAGCGGCGAAACGGCUUUCAAGAACAUGACCAUCCCGUACGGCUGGGCGAAGCGGCCCAUGCUGGAGCGCAUUGGCCAGGUGCAGGCGGGCAUCCCCAUCUCUUUUAUCUACGGUUCGCGCUCCAGCAUCGACAGCGCCUCGGGAUACGCCUUCAAGAAAACCAGGCCGGAGGUGGGAAUCACGGUGAUUCGCGGAGCCGGCCACUACGUUUUCGCCGACCAGCCAGAAGACUUCAACCAAACGGUCCUCCGCAUCCUCGCCAGGACGGAGAAGAAAAUCACAGACUUUAACUCAAAGCCUUGACGACCUCUUACUUUUUUUUUUUUUAAGCUAACACAGACUUUGAACUAAAGCCCACUACUAAAAAUGGACGCUUGAAUACAUUUAAGCUUCUCUUCGGUGCACUUUACUGACCGAAGCCUCAUCGGACUAUUGGGACAAAAAGUUCUCCCCGAGGUCUCCGAGGAUUGCGUUACAGAGCUCGUGUGAAUGAUGUGAUCACGUGCUUUUUUUUUUUUUUUUUUUUUUUUUUUGGGGAGGGGGCGGUUGGGUAAGUUUUAUCUGGAUCUGGAAGGACAAUUCUCCAAAGUUGAACGUCUUGUUUGGAGCACGGAUCUAUACGGAAUGUUCUCGCAGAUACGAGGGAAAAAGUAAAUAGGACAAAGGGCACACGCUGGUGUUUGUGUGUUUUAGGAAUCCUCAAAAAUCGCCCAACCAGCAGGUGGCAGCAAAGCACACACACACACAUCCUCCCUUCUGGUUCGAUGCCACCUACAAAAUUCAGAAUUCGUGCAUGUUGCAGGACAGCCCGGCUCGGUCACGAGGUCCCGUAUAACUAAAAAUAGAAUCACUCAUUUCAAGUGGGCUGCGACGCAAGUCGGACGUACUUCACGUUAUUAUUUUUCCCCCAGCAGGAUCUGUGGAAAAAGGUUCCAGGACUGGGGUCACGAAAGUCACCCUGUGUCCACCGGCGCAGAAGCUGGAUAUCAAGCAUUUGGAAGACAUCAACAGCGGCCUCACUCGCGGCGUCUCCUGGCAACAGUGUCGCCACGGAGACCAAGUCUGUUGGCCUGCCAAGCUCCCGGAAGUACGGCUGGGCUCGGACACGCUAAUGAUGGGUUGUUGCGGACGCCCCGAGACGUGCUCGCGGAGGCUCGCUUUGCA